UGUCAAAAUCGAUCACGAUAAAUUGAUUGCGCUUUUCUUCCCAAUUAUUCUAAUGACCUUACCUACACCAGAAAUUAACAUCGAAAAUUUUGAUCAUUUCGAAGAGAACGAAAAUAAAAUUAAAAUUGGAGAGAAGACAAAAAGAUUACUCAGGCUUGUGGGCCCCCAAUUAGCAGUGCCUUUACUUCUCUAUAUUUACCUGUUAUUUGGUGUUUUCUGUUAUCAUUUAAUUGAUGGAGAAUUAAAAGACAUGCCUUUCACCGAAUUAUUUUUGUUUUGUUUUGGAACACUAACAACGAUUGGCUAUGGAAAUAUCAAACCUUCAACUUCAAUUUCUUUACUUUUUACAAUGAUAUAUGCCCCUUUAGGCAUUCCUUUGUGUAUGUUAACUUUGGCUAAUAUGGGGAAGCAUAUUACUAAAGCUUAUAAUUCUUUGACUUUAUCAUUGAGGAAUAAAAAAUUUCUCUCACAUUCAAUUGGACAAAACAAAAGAUUGCCUUUAAUCGCAACAAUAACACUCUUUAUUUUAUCCCUAUGUGGAUCAGCAGCAUUAUUAUCUACAGAAGAAACGCCUCUCUUCCAUACAGACCAUUUAUAUUUUGCUGUUGUUAGUUUUACAACUCUAGGUUUCGGUGACUUGUACCCAAACACGGAAGGCAAUAUAUUCCGAUUAAUUGGGAUCAUUUGUCUUCUUAGUGUGGGCAUUAUAGCGAUGGGAGUUUGGUUCCAAUUGGUUUGGUUCGGUCAUAAACAAAUGAGACUCUCAAAUGUUUUAGAAGUUGUUGCUCGCGAGUUUAAUGCAUCCCCAAUGCAAAUACACCAAGUAUUGAAUGACUUGGAUUUUCUUAUAUCUGAUGCAAAAGCUAAUGAUGCGACAGAAAUAAAUUGAAUUGCUUACACAGAGAUCUGGACAUAAUAAUGGGAUAAUAAGUUGAGACUUUCCUAGUUUAUAUGUAGUAUAAAAGUCAGUGAAAAAAUAACCUCUUGGUUGACACUCACCUAGUAUAAAAUCAUGACAGCCUUUCAGUGGAGGUAAUAAGAGGUAAAAGUGUAGCCUCAG